AUGCAGACAGCGAACAUCACGGUAACGGUCGCCACAACGGUUCAACCUGGUAGCAUAUCAAUGGGGAACACGUUUGAAACAAGUGCUACACUUACUGGAGGUUAUCUACAUCAGGAUGCAAGUUCUUUGUCAUCGAAUACUCUAAUAACUACAUCUUUAUCAGAACCUCGUACCCAAAAUAGUACUUCUCUGGGCACCCAACUGAGCUCACUAACAAUUGUUCCAUAUAACACCACUAGCUCGGUAUAUGCCACGAUCCCAACAUCCAAGAGUGUAUCCUUAAUCGAUUCAUCAUCUUUAGGACAUAGUCAUAUCCAGCCAGUAUUGUCAUCUACACCAUUAAUAUAUUCCACUAUCAUUUCUACCCCUACCCCUUCCACAACAUCAAUAAGCUCAGCGAUAACCAGAAUACCAUCCUCAUCCUCAUCAUAUUCAGACAUACGGCGAAGUUCAGCAGUAUCAGUGAUCUUAAUAACAACAACUGUUUCACCUUCUUCUUCUGCUAUAACAAGCAUCACAUCAAGUUCUUCAGUUCCAGCAGUAGUCACACAAACUUUAACAGUGACACCCUCAAUAUUACCAUUAUUUUCAAUAUCAUCCGGCACCUCAAAGGAUUAUUUAAUAUACACACAAGAAUACCUAUUCACAGACUCAGACACAUCUUUCACAACAGGAUUAUUACAAACCACUGCAUUAAAAAAAUCAGCCUCUGGGAUAAUUUUACCAACUAGUGUAGUGACAAAACCAGUAUCAUAUUAUAAGGCAUAUGUUGAUGGUUCGCUAGACUCUGACCCAUCUACUACAUCGACGCACAAAAAUUUGAUAAUAGGGUCGGUAGUUGGAUCUGUUGUUGGUGCCGGUGUGAUCAUAUUACUUGGUGUUCUCUACUACAUGUUUGUUAGACAUAAGCAUAAAAAAGAACCAUCAUUUAUGACUCGUGGGAAAAGACCAAUAUACAUGGAUGAUUCAAUGACCACACAUGAUGCUAUGAUUAAUAAUAACGAGAAAAAUGGUGAUCCAUUUAAAAAUGAAUUUGAAUUCAAUGAAAGAGUACCGGGACAAAUACCGGUACCAGAGGAUCCCUUGGAUUAUUCGGUGUCUAUGAGAGAUAGUUCUGAUUUCCAAUUUAACCCAGACAGUUCUGUUGAUAUGAGCUUACAGACAGGCUUACAUUCUUACGAGGACUCUAAUGCAUAUUCAUACACAAGAUCAAUUACAGAUUGGCGUAAUGACUCAAAUAUACGAUAA